AUGGAGUUUGUGCACCUACUCAGGAACGCUUCACUGGAAGAUCCAAUUGCAAAGCUGGGUGAGGAUGUCCUAGCUAGACUGCGUAAUCCGCAUCAAGAACCUGGUGACAUCGAGAGACCAGGAGUUCACCAGAGUAUAUCCAUGUACCUUGCACUUGAGCAUAGUUCGCAACAUGCCUAUGAUCGGAUACGUAGAGCUAUAACACGCAACUUUGCAGGCGCAGAAGGAGCCAAUGAGGUACUCAGUUUCAAGGCUGUUGAGAAGUUCAUUGCGAAAUAA